AGAAACCACCAAAUUCCCAACGCCCAACGGAUUGGCGUGAUUCAUCGCAACAAUCAACAACUUCACUACAACCUCUGAUGGCGAUUUCUAGGGUUUUAGUUUUACACUUCCCAAUUCGAAAUUCUUGUUACAAAAGCUUCAACAUAAGGUAUCACUUUUCAAUGUUCAGUCUGCUGUUCGGUGGGAAGUUGGUGCGUUGCAAAUUGCAGAUGUGAUAUUUCCCCUGCAUUUGAUGUUUUAUAUGUUUACAAUCUCCAUGACCAGGUCCGUUUACGCAACCUUCUCCUUUCUUCCUUUAAAUAUCUUAUACAUUACUUCAUCACUAUUUCUUUUUCUUUUAUCCAAUCUAUUGUUUGCCUUUCAUUUUCACCUAAUUUAGCUUCACUUCCAAUCCAGAAUUUGAUGCUUCCUUUUUAUCUUUAUAUUUUUUUUCCACAACAAACUCUGACAUUCUCAUUCCAACGAUUUAAAAUAUAUGAUAACAGUAAGUGAAAGGAACACAUGUCAUGACUUAUUAGUAUCCCUAUAUAGAAAAUUCAACUGGGGCUCUCUCAAAUCAAAUUAUUUGGAAUGAUAGUAUGAAUUAGUGGGUAUUUCAUACUGUAUAUGAAACGUUUUUGAGAAGUGAAGCUCUUCAUACAUUAUGGGGAAGUCAGGGUCUAAACAAGGAGAUGCUAAUUCACCAUGUGGGUCGUUUAAGUAUCAGUUUAGGUAUCAAAAAAUGGUGCAAGGAAGUGAUCCAACAAAGGGGAGGAGGGUGUCAGGGGGAGUCUACCAGUGGGAUAAGCUUGAGUUGUUUAAUGGAUUAAGGAGUAACUCCAUGAAAUUAGGUUCUAUAAAGGGUGCUUAUGUUGGAAAAAGGCAUACUUGGAUCCGUAAACAUUUUUCAUCAAUUGUUUUCACACUUUUAUUGAUGGGUUUUCUUUUUCUUUUGGAUUCUCUUAUGGGUUCCAUCUUUGAACCUUCGGUUCUUCAAAGUAAUCCACCUCCCAAAAAAUUGUCUACUGAAACUGAAAUGUUUGGAGAUAAAAGUGGCAAAAAUGUGGUGCAAAUGUAUGGUCACCUUGCAAGCAUGGCUUCUAGUGCUCUUGUAGAGAGAGAGCUUAAACAAGAGGAAUCAAGAUUUUGGAAGGAAUCUUAUCGAAAAGCAUCAUUAUGGAGUCCUUGUGCAGAUAGAAAGGAAUCAAGAAAUACAGGAAGUUUUCAAAGCAACACUGGUUAUAUAUUGGUUAGUGCAAAUGGAGGUCUAAAUCAACAACGUGUUGCUGUAUGUAAUACUGUUGCUGUAGCAUCAUUAUUAAAUGCAACAUUAGUUAUUCCAAGGUUUCUUUACAGCAAUGUAUGGAAAGACCCAAGCCAGUUUGGUGAUAUUUAUCAAGAAGAUUAUUUCAUGAAAACAUUGAAAGAUGAAGUUAAUAUAGUAAAGGAUCUCCCACCUCAUUUGAAAUCACUAAACUUCAAAGAAAUCGGUAGUCUGAUAACUGAUGCAGAUCUCACUAAAGAAGCAACAUCAGUUGAAUACAUCAAGAAAAUUCUUCCAAUUUUAUCAAAAAAUGGAGUUGUUCACUUUCUUGGAUAUGGAAAUCGCCUUGGAUUUGAUCCUUUGCCUUCUGAUCUUCAGAGGCUAAGGUGCAAAUGUAAUUAUCAUGCUUUGAAGUUUGUGCCAAAAAUCCAAGAAAUCGGUUCAUUGUUAAUUAGAAGAAUAAGAAAAUACGAUGAGCCAAGGAACAAAUUAGAUAAGGAACUAUUAGGAGAUUUCAUCACAAAUCCUCGUUCAAAGUCAAAGUCAAAGUCAAAGUCAAACAGUCAAGAUACAGAUGGAGAACCACUUAAGUAUCUUGCUUUGCAUUUGAGAUUUGAAGUUGACAUGGUUGCCUACUCUUUAUGUGAUUUUGGUGGUGGAAAAAUUGAGAAAGAUGAACUUCAAACUUACAGAGAAUCCCACUUUCCAUUACUAAUGCAACGAUUAAAGAAGUCAAAGCCUAUUUCACCAGAAGAACUAAGAAUUUCAGGAAGAUGUCCAUUAACACCAGAAGAAGCUGCACUUGUUUUAGCUGCUCUUGGUUUCAUGAGUGAUACAUAUAUUUAUCUUGCUGGAUCACAAAUAUAUGGAGGAAAGUCAAGAUUACGCCCUUUGACUAAUUUAUAUCCUCAUUUGAUCACAAAAGAGGAUCUCCUUUCCCCUAAUGAACUCGCACCUUUCAACAACUUUUCUUCUCAGUUAGCAGCAGUGGACUUUAUUGCGUGUGCAACUUCAGAUGUAUUUGCAAUAACAGAUUCAGGAAGCCAAUUAUCUUCAUUGGUGUUGGGUUUUAGAACAUAUUAUGGUGGUGGAAAUGCUCCGAGUUUGAGACCUAAUAAGAAGAGACUUGCAGAAAUUUUAUUAAAGAAUAAUAAAACUGUAAUAAAUUGGAAUGAUUUUGAAGCAAGAGUAAAGAAUAUGAUAACUGAAGCACAAACCGUAAGAUUGAGGGGUUGGGGAAGAAGCAUUUAUAGACAACCCAGAUGCCCUGAAUGUAUGUGUCGUUUUCAGUAAUCGUUGUUCAAAACAAUCUCUUUUUGUUUUUUCUUCUGAGUUUUUAAGGUUGUCGUUUCCUCGUUGUGUUGCAUGGAUAUGACAAUGUUGCACAUAAGAACGUUCUUUUGUUGUAUAUUUUUUGAGAAACGAUUAUGCACAAAUUUAGACUUGAAGUAUAAAUUUUUUAGGGGUUGAAGUAGAAA